AUGUGGCAAGCAGAACACAAGCCAGAUAGACGUGGGGAGCAGAACACUUGCACAGAUAGUAUGUGGCAAGCAGAACACAUCAACAAGCCAGAUAGUACGUGGGGAGCAGAACACUUGGACACGCAAGAUAGUAUGUGGCAAGCAGAACAUAUGGACAAGCCAGAUAGCACGUGGGGAGCAGAACACUUGGACAAGCAAGACAAACACAUGAACAAACCAGAUAGUACGUGGCAAGCAGAAAACAUUAAGAAGUCAGAUAGUACUUGGCGAGCAGAACACGUGAACAAGCCAGAUAGUACGUGGCUAGCAGAACACAUCUACAAGCCAGAUAGUACGUGGGGAGCAGAACACUUGGACAAGCCAGAUAGUAUGGGGUGA